CGAAAAGAAAAAUUAUCUCAAAAGAAAGCAAGAAAAAUAGCUAUAUAGCCAUGGCGAUCCCCAACUGCAGUACCAUUGCCAAUAAGUUGGUCGUCGUCUUGCUUCUCAUCAUCAUCCUUCCAUGUCAUGUUUUGCUUUCGAGCGCAUCGAGAGUAGUUAGUCCGAAGUCGGGGAAUGGCAACGAUGCUCCGACUAACGAUAGCAGCAACAACAAGAACUUAUUAGCAACCCAAGAACUGGUGGCGAAAAGAGGAACAGGUGUAGUCAUGAGACCUAAAGCUGAAGCAUCCAACAACGCUACAGCUUCGGUGGAGAAAUAUUGCGAUGCUUAUUGCAACGACUAUCAAUGCCAAUGGUAUCACCGAGAUCUGUGCUAUGGUCAAGAUGCUGAAAGGAAUUGCAAAGUGGGCUGCGUCUGUGACCCGGAUUAUUACAAUUAUUGCGAUUGCUUGUGCGAUUCGUAAAUCGUAGAGUCUAACUUCUAAGAUUGUACAUGUAAUUUUUUUUUUGUUUCAUAUAUUUCGACGAAUCAUGAUCGUCGAUUUUUCGUUUCUAAUUCAAUUGAUCUUAUGCAAAGAAGAUGUCUAUCACGAACAGAUCAAUUUGUCAUCGGAGUGGCGCAAUUGGGUACUAAUAACGAAUAGCUUGACUCGCAACCGGCGCCGAAUGUGGCUUGUUCGGAGAUCGAGCCGACCGUGGCAAUUCGAUAGAAUUACGCUGGCUUAUGUUUGUUUAAAUAUUUGUAUUUAGUUAUUAUUUUUCGGACUGUUUGGAUUUAUUACUCUGUAAUACAAAAUUCCAACCCUCCACCAUCCACCUAGUAUCAUCUUUUUUUUUUUAAUCCAUCCAUGGGGUUUUGUUGUAAAAAAUUUACAAUAACAAGUUCCUAUCAAAAUAAAUGUCAAAUACCAAUCUCUCAAUAUAAAUUAUCCAUAUAUAAAACAUCAUUCUAGAAAAUGCAUGCAAAUCGCAAAUUAACCAUACAAAUUGUUCAACACCAAUCUAAAAAACUUAAGAAAAUUGAAGUAAAUCA